UCGAUUUCAAAAAGUAAUAAAUUGAUAAAUAGGUACUUCAUCAUCUAAUUCGCUAAGAGACCAAAGAUGUCCUGCAUCAUGGCAUCCUCUUCCUGACUGAGAUUGCUCCAGCAGCAGGCAUGUUGAUUCAACUUGAUGGUGUCGACGAUGCCCAUGACCCACGGGUCCAACUCCACCGUGGACGUGUCUGCUGCGCACACAUCAUCUGUCGACGCCACUGAAUACGAUCGGUCGUUGUGGGCCUUGGACUCGUCCCAGCUCAUGUCCAUCGUUUCCAGCAACGAUCCAGGGAGGCGGUGUCGUUGGCAGAACCCUCCCACUCGGGAGUGUGCAAAGCAUCCGUUGACCUUGCAAUGGCGACCACCGCCGUGCUUGACGCAGCGCUGCCGGGCUUGCGCUGGCUGCGCGCAUCCUUGCUCGAUGCACUGCUUCUUUUGGGCUCCGUGCUUGAAGCACACGUCGUUGAGCCGCGCACGGAGGGAGCAGCCGUUGACAAUGCACUGCUUCUUGGCCCCGUGGCGGCAGCACAAUUGCCGCGCGUACACCUGGUUGGUGCAAUUCGUCACCGAGCACGUGCCUCGUCGGCGGUGGUCGUGUUUCGUGGCGGUGGUUUGCAUCAUCCCGAUUUUUCUCAAAUGAACUCGACUUCGCUAAUGUAGAGCACCACCAGCUUACUACGAAUUGACAAUCAAAAGUGUCCCAUCGAUCGCUGUACAUCAG